AUGCGGCAUCCAAUCGUUCUAUUUCUCACCAUAAUAUGCACUGUAUGCUUAUCAUUGGCUGCUCCAGACGAUCAGGAACGUGCCGACUCCAAAUCAAAGAUCCAAGUGCUUCACAAUAUUGACGACAGUGGAUUUACUCCACGUGGCAUUAUCUCCUUCGACACCAAAAAGCUGAAGGCAGGAUAUACAUCCACCUCAGAAUCCACAUCAUUUGCUCCAGACGCCGAUUUGAUAUACAGAAUCAAGCUCGUGACACCUGGAGGUGGCGAAAUAAAAACUGGUAUUAGAAGAUGUUUACUCGUCGCUGCUGGAUUCCAGGAAACAUUUACAAUACAUCUAGAUCAAUCUGGCAAACCAUUCCACGUGGACUAUACAGUUCCAGCAAACUCAUGCAACAAGAACUCAACCAGCAAAUCCAGACGAGAAACCGCUGUAUUCAAACCACAAGUCAAUAUCGUGCAACCUGCAGAUGGGGCUAGACCUAGUUAUACACCAAUGUAUGGCAUCCACGAUGGUGGCAAAGCAGCAGAACAGAACUUUUUGCAAAAGUACUGGAUGUACAUUAUACCAGCUGUCGCAUUGAUGUUGCUAACUGGAGGCGCCGCUGAAGAGCCCGCAGCAGCUGGUGGUGCACGGCCUAGGAUCCAAUCUGAAAUUAUGACGUUGCCGUCAUAUGCCCUCCUACCGACACCUGGAAUCUACGUCCAAUGUCACUGUGAGCUAGAUCCAACGAGCCAACAACAAUCCAUUCCUAGCUCCAAACAUCAGCAGGAAGAACAAAUUCAUCAAGCCUCAAAUACAGAAGAUCAGAUCCCGAAUCCACCUAUAAAUGCAGAUAGUUACAAGCUACAAACUCUACCUAAUCUGUAUUGGUGUGAUUCGUGUCAUCAAAUCAAAUGUUGGAAGUGCACAUUGGAUCAAGUAGCUUGUUAUUUCUGCCCGAAUUGUCUGUUUGAGGUGCCGAGUGCUAGUGUUAAGGCUGAUCGGAAUAUGUGCGCCCGUAACUGCUUCUCUUGUCCAAUAUGUGAAACUACUCUAGCGGUGGUAGCAUCUAUAGAAAUAACCGAAGGAUCUACACGAGAGUCAACUACAACUCCACCCACACAAUCAACCACCACGACAGAACCAGCGCCUCCAGUAACCCACUACUUAUCAUGUCCAACAUGUCACUGGGACUCUCGCCAAGUAAACAUCCAAUUCGAGAAGCCAACAGGUCUAGCCAUGCAACUACGAAAAGGCGAAGACGAACGACCAGACAUUAAAGAAUUUGAUGCUUUAAAGGAAUACUUUGAUCGUAUUAUCAAGAUAUCGGCUGAUGCUUCUGCUGCUGCCGCUGCUACGAUGAGUAAGAGUAUGCGUAGUGGUGGGAGGGGUACUAAAGCCAGGACUAGUAUGGGCUGGGCGUCUCUUACCGGUCGUAAAUCAGAACGGGCUGAGACUGUCGAGCCGUAUAAGACUGGGGUGGUUGAUAUGCAGCAUCAUCAUGUGGAUGAACUUGAUAUUGCCCAAGUUUCUACACUCCAUCAAAGAUUACUGCAACCAGAGCAUCAACCUAGAGACGUCACACAACUUGGACCACGACGAAUAAAGCUACGAACAAAACUCACCAGACGGUGUCGUACCUGUGAACAUAUUCUCAUCAAACCAGAGCAGAAAGCCUCAGUCAACAAACUCACAGUGAAGCUCACGGCAAGUGAUUUCUUGCCAACCAUAACGAUUGCUCCUCCGUUUCCAUCAACACCCAUACUCGAAACCCAACCUGUCCGCUUUGUAUUACGAUUUGCCAAUCCUACAAUUCAAGAAAUCAGUGUUUCACUUGCUACUGCAUCUGCCAAUUCGGAAAGUUGUGAUGUGACUAUACUAGCUCCAAGCUUUACUAUACCCGCUUACAACGAAUUGUGGGAAUAUGAUGAUGAUCCACCUAUGCCAUCUUCCUACUCUAUUGAGCGAGCUCUGCAAGGGUUGAAUUCACCUACAGGAAUCUAUGAGAAGAGAAGGAACUCUACUUGUAUUAUCGUACAGGUUGUACCUCAUGGUGGUCGUAUAGAGUUUCCAGUCAUGGUAUCCAUUACUCGGAAUGUUGCGAUUGUGACAGCAGAUAGUGAAGUGACUGAAAGUACUGGUACGAGUACAACCAAACAGACGACAUCGUAUUGGGCAUGGGUGGCGUUGGGACGUACUGAAGCGUCUGAAUCAUGA